CUAAAAAUCUAGAAUAUUGAAAAAUGGAGGUUGUAUCUUCAAUUUUUCGAUUGUGGAUGGUAACUUUCUGAUGCCACAAUGAGCAAAACUAAGCACUUCUAGAUUCAAUAGUUCACCAAUAACAGAGCAAUCAAACAUCAAUAGACACCGAUGGAGAAUGAGUGUUUGUAGCUUGGUGGAGCAUUCAAGUGAUUUGGGAAGCAAUGGAUACUGAAUUUUUUCAAAUGCUACAACUUCAAGAUUUUCCAUUCUUUCAUAACAACCUUGAGAAAACUUAAACGACUUAUCUCCAUCCAUAAGUCUCAUAAGUGACAAGUUUGGGUACUCAGAGUCACCAGAGUCACCAGGAAACUCAGGCAUUCCUGUGCAAGUAAUAGAAACUCUUUUGCAAGAAUCUUACAACUAGGAUAUAUCUUUUCCUUCACAAAAUAUGUAAGGAACAUGAAUACUAUAAUGAAGCAACUGGAUGGUACAAUCCUUGAUGUCAAAAAGCACAUGGAAAGAAACAACAUUAGUAAUCUGGAGAUACCUUCUCGUAUACCUGGUUGGUUGGAAGAAGUCGAAAAGACCAAAGAAAAAGCUCAAAACAUUUCAAGUACUAGGAAUGGAUGUUUUAACUUGAAAAUGAGGCAACAAGUAGGAAGGAAUGCAUUCAAGAUCACAGAGGAGAUGGAAAGUUUUAUUGAUGAAAACAAUAAGAUAACUUGGAGUGAUGCUCAAAGAUGUCUUGGGAAAGUGAACUCGAAAAUCGCAUCCAGUUUUGCACCUUUGGAUGGUGAUGCCCAAAAUCACUUCAAAUCAAGAGAGAGGACUUUCAAGGAUGUGCUCGGGUUUCUUCAACAAGAUCACCAAGAGCCAAGUGAUAGUCCUAUGUGGAAUGGGAGGUGUGGGGAAAACCACUAUGUUCAAGUGGAAAAGACUGCAAAAGAUAAGAAAAUGUUUGAUUAUGUUGUGAAGGUGGUUAUUGGGCAACAAAUUAACAUGUUUUCUAUUCAGCAAGCUGUAGCAGAAUAUAUGGGUCAAUCCCUUACUGAAACGAGUCAAACAGCAAGAAUAGAUCGUCUUCGUAUAACAUUUGGGAACCUUCCAGAAGGUAAAAGAAAGGUUUUAGUGAUAUUUGAUGAUGUAUGGGAGACUAUUGAACUCAAAGAUAUUUGACUGAGUCCUUUGCCCAAUGGCUUCAAGUUGUUGCUGACAUCACGAAAUGAAAAUAUUUGCAAACAAAUUGCAGUAGAAGCUAAUUCGGAUUCGACACUAGUUCGAGUGGAUGUGAUGGUGGAGCUUGAAGCACAUAAUUUCUUUUGGCAAAUCACAGGAGUUUCAAAACAACAUGAUAUGGAGCUGAAUCAAAUAGGAAGUGAAAUUGUGAGAAGAUGUGUUUUUUUGCCCCUUGCCAUUAAACUCAUCGCCAAAACCCUUCAAUUUCAUGAAGUUUUUGCAUGGAGAGAUACUUUUCAACGGUUGAAGAAGAAGAAUCUUGAUGAGAAUGUGCAAGAAGUUAUUAAGAUAAGCUAUAAUUAUAUAAAAACAGAGGAGGAAAAGGUGAUUUUUCUUCUAUGUGGCUUGUUUCCUGAUAACUUUAAUAUUCCAAUCCAGGAACUCACAAGAUAUGCAUGGGGCCUACGGGUAUUAAGUGAAGUAUCUACUUUGGGAGAGGCUAGAGACAAGACAAAAACAUGUGUGCAGAAUCUUAAAAAUGCAAAUUUAUUGAUGGAUAGAGAUUACAUUGGGUGUGUCAAAAUGCAUGAUCUUGUGCUUGCUUUUGUGUUAAGUAGAGUUUCGAAAGGUGACCAUGAACCAUGGUGAUAUUUCAAAGUGGAGUAUAGUUGAAGUGGAAGAUUCUUGCAAAAGAGUUUCUAUUACCUGCGCAGGAAUGUUGGUGACUCUAAGUGCCCAAACUUAUCACUUUUGAGACUUAUGGAUGAAGAUAAGUCGCUUAAGUUUUCUCAAGGUUUUGAUGGAAGAAUGGAAAAUCUUGAAGUUGUAGCAUAUGAAAAAAUUCAGUAUCUAUUGCUUCUCAGAUCACUUGGAUGCUCCACCAAGCUACGAACACUCAUUCUCCAUCAGUGCCUAUUGAUGUUUGAUUGCUCUGCUAUUGGUGAACUCUUGAAUCUGGAAGUGCUCAGUUUUGCUCAUUGUGGCAUCGCAAAGUUACCAUCCACAAUCGGAAAGAUUGAAGUGAAGGAAUGUGAUAAUCUUGUGAAUUUGUUUCCAACCAAUCCCAUGUCUUUGUUGGGUCGUCUGGAGGAGCUUCAUGUUUCUGAAUGAGGAAGCAUUGAAGUCUUAUCUGACAUGGACGUGAGUUGUAUUGGUGAAAUUGAAGAAUUCAGUAGCAAGUUGAAACACAUUAAGGCAUAUAGGUUGGAUAAGCUAAGAGAGUUGUGGAGGAUGAAAGGGGAAAGUAGCUCUAAUAUCCUUAUUCGUAGCUUUCAAGUUGUUGGAAGUAUAGAAAUAAGGUGUGAGAGGUUUGUAAACAUAUUCACACUUAGUGUCUCCAAAUAUGAUAUGAGAACUAAAGAUGAAAGUGGUUCAAAAACCGGACUGGUUUACUCGGACCCAGAGAAAACCCAGAACCCGGAAUUGAUGAAUUAUGAGAACCCGGAACCGGACCGGUAUACGGUAAUCGGUUCCGGUUAUCAAACCGGGUAAAGUGGGUAUGAAACCGAAAAUUGAUAAUUGGAACCGGAUUUGUGUAUUAGACCCGGAAAUAAUCGGAAACCAGAAAUGGAACCAAAAACCUGGAAUUUUGGAACAACAGAAAAAAAAUAUUGUAACAUGAUUAAAGGUUGUAAUGAAAAAAGAAAUAUUUAGAAUAAUUAAUCAAAAAAUUGAAUAUAUAACGAUUUGUAAAAGAUCCACCGUAAAUAGGCUAAAAGCUUAUAGAACUUUAACCCAUUAAGCCAACAAAACAAAUUGAUACUAAAAAUAAUAAAACUUCGGA